AUGGGCAUGAUCGCCAGCCCGGCGGGGGGCGCCAUCUACGAUACCAUGGGCCCGAGAGCAUCGGUGGUGUUGGGCAGCUGUCUCAUGGCCGUCGGCUACUCCCUGAUAGGCUUGACGACUGUUGCGGGAGGUGUCCUGUCCCCGACACUGACAGUUGCCCUUGCUGCGCUGGGCUCUCUUCUGGCCGGAUAUAGCAGCGAGUGCCUCCUGGACAACACUGUGUGCAUGGCAUGUUCGGAAUCCUUCCCGCACAACCGUGGAGCCGUGGUGGGGUGUGCCAAAGCAGCCGUUUCCACUACGAAUGGGCUCUGGCCACUUGUCUGGGACCACAUCUUCGACAAGCCCAAGGGGCCAGGUCUGCCCAGCUAUCUCGCAUGCCUGGCCAUGUCCUCCUUUGGCAUUGGCCUCCUCACGCUGCCAGGAAUCAAGGUGCUUCCUCGCGGAGAGCCGCGGCAAGCGUUCGACUGCCAGGACCACAGCCGCCUCAUUGUUCUCGGCACUCUGCUCGCCGCACUUGCCGUCUACAAUGUGAUCGUCAGCUUUUUUCUAUCAGAAGGAAGUUUAGAACCUUCACGGGCAGUGGGCUACUCUGGCAUAGCGCUGCAGAUGGCUCCCCUGGCCAUCUUGUUGACUGUCCGUGGGUCUCCAAGCUCGGAAGAGCUCCAGGCUCUCAAAGAAGAAGUCAGUUCGCCGAAGCGUGAGGUGCGUGGAGUGCCUUUUCUUGUGGCAGCUCAGGGCCUGGAUUUCUGGCUACUGAGCCUGAUUCAGUUCGCACUUUUCGGGGGGGCCCUAUCCGUCAUUCAGAACAUGGCCCUGAUCGUGGAGAGCGCAGGCCACUCCAGUGCUGCUAGCCUUGGCGUGGCGCUCUUCUCGCUCACCUCGGCGUUGUCCCGUGUUCUCGUCGGCAUCUUGAGCGACAAGUACAGCAAGUACCUCACCCGCUUGCACUGGCUCAUCUUCACAGUGGCCUGCGGUGCCCUGGGCUUUUUGUGGAUGAGCUUCAUGGACAUCCACAGUAUCAUGGUUGGGGCGCUGCUGCUAGGCGUCUCGAUUGGAUGCUUCUUUGUGAUAGUGGUCCCGCUGAUCAACGAGAUGUAUGGCAGCCUUGCUUUCGGGAAGAUUUGGCUCACGCAGAUGGCCAGCCAAUCUUUGUCUUCCAUGAUUAGCUUCCUGUUGCUCCCGGCUUUCUACGAGGGGGCGGCCGGAGGCAAGGCAAUCUGUGUGGGUGCUGGCUGCUUCCGGACGUCCUUCCUCCUGAUUGCCAUGCUCGACAUAGUCGCACUGGCGGCCGCCGUCCUCCUGCAGCUUCGCAACAGUGACUCGAAGCCACUGACCCGCUUGCUCUCCCAUUGA